AUGGCAUCCACAAAGUACACUUCCUCCGAGGAAAACCUCAACCAAAUUAUUGCAGUCUUUCAUGAAUAUUCCCACAAGUCGGAGGAAGAGGAUGCCCUGGAGUUUAGCGAGUUGAAAGGCUUAAUUAGUAAAGAGGCCCCUGGGUUCACUGAACAUUUGAAAAAGGAAAACAUUUCUGUGGAGUCUGUGUUCAAGAAGGCAGAUUUGGACCGUGAUGGGCAUAUGUUCUUCCCAGAGUUUUUGCUUGUGUUGUCCUUGAUGGGCAUUGAAAUCCAUAACAAAUACCAUGAAGAUAAUGGCCCAGAAGGCCCAGAUGGCCCAGAAGGUCAUGGACACACACAUAGACACCACCAUUGA